CGUCCGAGCUCAACUCUCUUUUUCUCCUCGCUCGAUCGCUCUCGCCUUAGCAGCGGACUUGCUGCUCCUUCGCCCCGGCUACUAGUUCCAACGUCGCGAGUAUUUUCAGUGCUCACGAGACUCUCAACGUUCUCCACGAAUGAUCACCACGGAAGUUACCGACCGGUUUCUCUUCUUCUUCUUCUACUUCUUCUUCUGGUUCUUCUUAUUCUUCUUAUUCUUCUUCGGAGUUCCUCUUUUCCGCGAGUUCAUUGUCGAAACAUCCUGCAGUGAGUGAGAAAUCCCGUCUAUAAUCGAUUCUUACGAACUUGGAUGAUAUUAAACGAGUUCUAUUGUGUUCAAGUUAAUUCCGAUCGGAUAAGAUUUCUACGAAGAUUUUUUAAUUGUGUUUACAUAUUCAUGAACUCGAACGGACCGAGAACAAAGUGACCAACUUGGAGAUUCUUUUUUUUUUCUGUUUUACGAGACAACGAAAGGAUAUUGAACUUUUCUUGUCGGCCUCGAAUUGUGUUCUGUCAACGAAUGUGAACAAAACAAGCUUGAUAGACACGCGUGAAUUGUGAAAAGAAAGAAAGAAAGGAAAAAAAGGAAGAAAAGGAAGAACGAAGGAAGGAAGGAAGGAAGGAAGGAAGGAAGAAAUAAGACGCGAGUGUCGUCAGUAACACGCGAAAUGCACCCUCCGGAUCGUUGCGUGCGCGUCGUCGGAGUCGCGCGCUUUUCACUCGCAUACGCGAAUCUCGACGAUGAAACGUGUCGAUAUUCGUCAUAACAAUUUUCAGAGAAGAUCGUACGACAGUGUUUUUCUAUAGGUUAACGAACGUCUUCUAUAAAAAGGAAAGGAAGAAAGAGAAAAUAUCUGAUAAAAUCUUUCGACUUCGAACUAUGAAACGGACUGUACUGUGCGCGAUAAGACCCGGAUAAAACUCAUAUACAGAGACACAGACACAAAGAAUUCCUCUUCUCGUUUCGUAGUGGACAUGUGCGUGAAAUGGAUUCACCACGAUCUUACCGGUUAUUCGUUCGAGUUGUUAGUUCGCCGCGUGUGUGCAUCGAGAUUAAAAGUAUAGAUCUGUUUUAGAUAAAAGAGGAAGAACAGUCGCAAAUAUUACGAGAGAGAGAGAGAGAGAGAGAAAGAGAAAGACCUGUCUAAGUGUAUGUGUGUGUGUGCAUUUAUGUAUUCGGGUAAACACGCCUAUGCUCGAACAACAACCACCAACGGUGGUGACGCGUAACGGCAGUCGCGUUUAUCGAAUUAGGCUUAACGUCGUCGUCGUCGUCGUCGUCAUCGUUGUCGUCGUCGGUGGCAUCGUGCGUAAGGUGGCAAUAAAAUUCAUUCGAGCAUCAUGGAUGCGUGGAAUCGCGGAAGGAUUAUCUACGCUUAUCUCAUAUGGGUCGUCUUCAAGGCUACAGCAGCUGGAGGACUGUCCGAUGACACGAAUUCGUUGGUCGAGGAGCUCGUCGUCGAGGCCGGCAAGAACGUGACGUUGAAUUGUCCAGGAGUGACGGAAGACUCUCUGGUGUAUAUGCUCGAGUGGCGAGCCAACGGUAUGCAGCUGCUCGAGUGGCAGGCUAACGGGAUGCAACACGAACAUGCCAACAGGGGCACCGAUGUUUGGACUCAUCAGAAUAGGGUCUCUCUCUCUUUGAAAAAUUACGCUCUACAAUUUCAUCCUGUCACAGCACCGGACUCGGCCAAGUACGAGUGCCUAAUAAACAAUCGUAGUACACCGGAUGCCGUCAUUAAGCUCAUCGUUCAAGACGUGCCAGAUCCGCCAGAACGUCCUCUCAUAACAAGCUUUACAUCCAAAUCCGUGAAUCUGUCUUGGGCACCUGGCGCUAAUUCUCAUAACAACCCAAUUUUGCACUACGUCAUAUACACAAGGGUCAACGAGGAUGGUUCCUGGGACGCAAUGAAAGAAAUAGUGACACCAACAAGCGCAACAGUUUACACGAUCGAAAAUUUAACACCAUUCACGGUCUAUAGCUUUCGCGUGGCGGCAGUAAACGCGAUGGGCCGUAGCAAGGCGAGUCAAGCAUCCUACUACAUCAUCACCUUGAGAGAGAUUCCCGAAGGUAAACCCCUUAUCACUAGCGCGUACAACACAUCGUCGACGUCUAUAUAUUUGGCAUGGAAACCACCUAGUCGUGACACUAUACAUGGCGAAUUUCUUGGAUAUCGAAUUGGAUAUAGACCACGAGACAAAACGAAUAUGGAAAUGAAAGAUAUCUACAUACGAGAUCCCGCAGUAGACAAUCACAGUAUUCACAAUUUGGAAAUAUACACGCAGUACCUCGUAUCUCUUCAAGUUUUCAAUCCGGAAGGUCAUGGACCAGCCACAACAGUUUCAGUGAUGACCGACGAAGGAGUGCCAACGAAACCCCAGAAUUUCACGUCACGUGGAAUAACCUCGACUACCAUAGAACUGUCAUGGUCCGAGCCAGAAAGUGCCAACGGCGUCAUAACCGGCUACCGUGUUUAUUAUUUGCAUUCCAAUUAUACAGACGUUCAAACUCUCAAGAUAUAUGACAAUAGCGGGCCCAACGUUGAAUUCGUAUUAAAAGAUUUGGAGCCUUACAUCGUCUACGAUAUAUGGGUGAAAGCUUACACGUUGAAAUACGAGGGUGAGCCUUCCGGUCACAUUAUUCGUAGGACUGACAUCGCUGGACCAAGCGAGCCACAAAUUUUAAAUUUGACUUGCCAUUCGCAUGAUUCAGUUUAUAUUCAAUGGGCAAGGCCAUCGGUCUUCUGGGGAUCCGUCGAUUAUUAUUACAUCAAUUAUCGUACGGAAACAAGUAAAUAUUUUGAGGAAAUCGAAUUAACAGCCGAGAAGAAUCAUCUUGAAAGUGGCAUGAUCGUACCAAAUUUAACGAUGAACACGGUCUACGAGUUUAUCAUACGUGGAGCAACGAAAAGUACAAUCAACGAUCGACUGAUCAUACAAGGAGAAAGUUCUGCACCACGAAACGUUUUGGUUACUCACGACUGCGAUAAGAUUCCACCGUUAAAACGUCGUAGCAGCAAGGAUCUCAGUGCUAGUGUGAUAGCUGGCAUGGUUUGUGCUUGCUUCGCCGUCAUGCUAGCGAUCACAGCCUUCGUUCUCUGGAAACCGAUUUUCAGAAAAUGCUUUCACACGGCCUAUUACUAUCUGGAUUAUCCACCACGAAAUGUGCCGACCCUUCAAGAAUGGGAGAACAGUGAGCAAGAUGGCGAAAGAACCGCCGUAAGCGUUCAACAAUUCGUUCAACAUGUCGCCAAGUUGCACGCCGAUGGUGACAUCGGAUUCAGCAAGGAAUACGAGAUUAUUCAAUCGGAGAGUGGAGGUUACACUGUUGAGAAUUCGCAAUUCGCUGAAAAUAAGGCGAAGAAUCGAUACCUCAACAUACUCGCAUACGAUCACACGCGUGUACAAUUGUUAUCGUGCGGUGGAGGACCACCUAAAAAGGGGCAAGAUUAUGUAAACGCAAAUUACAUCGAUGGAUGGCAACGUACACGAGCUUACAUUGGAACUCAAGGACCUUUGCCACCGACGUUUGAUGGUUUCUGGCGUAUGGUUUGGGAACAACGUGUAUCGAUCGUUGUGAUGAUCACUAAUCUUGUCGAACGUGGUCGUAGAAAAUGUGAUAUGUAUUGGCCCAAAGAAGGCACCGAAACUUAUGGUUAUAUUCAAGUUACUUUAGUCAGAGAGGACAUCAUGGCAACUUAUACUAUUCGUACUCUUCAAAUUCGACAUCUCAAGCAGAUUAAGAAGAAGAAGAAUGGGACCAAUAUGGGAGAACGUACGAUAUGGCAGUAUCAUUAUACCGGUUGGCCUGAUCAUGGUGUUCCUGAUCAUCCUCUACCCGUUCUCAGUUUUAUUCGUAAAUCUUCCAAUGCUAAUCCAUCCGACGCUGGCCCUAUAGUGGUCCAUUGCAGCGCUGGAGUUGGACGUACUGGGACCUACAUCGUGAUCGACGCCAUGCUGAAACAGGCCAAGAGCAAAAACGAAAUCAAUGUAUUUGGAUUUUUAAAACACAUUCGAACGCAGAGAAACUUUUUAGUUCAGACAGAGGAACAAUACAUUUUCAUUCACGAUGCUUUGCAAGAGGCAAUCGAAAGUGGAGAGACCAAUAUAGAAGCAAAUAAUUUGAUGCAGCAUAUUCAAGACAUGCUAUGCCCGUCCAAUAACAAAACAGACGCUUGGAAUAACUUAGAUACUCAAUAUAAGCUCGUGACGUCAUGGAAACCAAAGGACUUCAAUCUCGUGUCCGCGACCAAAUCCUGUAACAUUCACAAAAAUCGUAAUAUGGAGAUUAUACCAAUCGAAAAUGCUCGUGUACAUUUAACACCAAAACCUGGUGUUGAUGGAAGUGAUUACAUAAACGCGACGUGGUUCUCGGGAUUCCAAAGGAAUCGUGAGUUUAUUAUAACUCAACAUCCUAUGGAGAAUACCAUAAUGGAGUUUUGGCAAAUGAUGUGGGACCACAAUGCUCAGACGAUCGUAAUGUUGACUCAGUGCGACGAGGAAUACCCCGAGUUCUGGCCAACGGAAGGAAAGGAUUUGGAAUCAGAAACUUUCCGAGUACGAUUAUGUGGUAUUAAGGAAACAGUCAGUGGAAUCAUUCUACGCGAGGUAGCCGUCCGAUCUUUACAGGACGAUUACGAAUUAAGUGCAAGAAUCGUUCAAGGACCAUUGAAUCAAGGUGGUUUAUGGCCUCACAAUAAUAACCCCAAAGUAUUCGUCAAUGUGAUACAAGACUUUCAUAGAGAUUAUCAAAAUGGUCCAAUCGUCGUUAUGGAUAGGUACGGUGGCGUGGAGGCUGCUCUUUUCGUACUUCUAACAACUCUGAACAAACAGCUGGAGUUCGAACAGUCCGCGGACAUUUACAUGUUCGCAAAAUUAUUGUACAUGAAGAGACCGGGUGUAUUCCGAUCGAAGGAGGAUUACGUUCUACUCUAUCAAUGUCUUGAAGCAAUGCUGUCAUCGAAAGUACGUGGUGAACCAGAUCUCUAUGCGAUGGCGAACGGACACGUGGCAACGAUGAGUAGUAACGAUCCGAACGAGAUUAGAUCGGCCUCCUCCAUGCAACACAUGGCAAUGGAUUAUCCUGUGAAGGCAGCACCACCGAUGAUACGAGAAUAUGCGACGGUGGAGGUGAGCACCGAGUACCUGUCCGACUACACGAUCCCCAUAAGGGUGGACCAUCCGAUCGAAUCUUCGUCGAGCAAUCGUGGAAGUGAGACUUGUCUGGCCGCUCAUGGUAGCAACGAUCAUGGCAUAUCAGAGAAGAACAUUGUGGUUAGCCAAAGGAACGUUAGCUAUCACAAUCAUCCACCGGGUGUUUCGGUGACGGUCGAUGCGAACGGUUACAUCACGAACGGCAGUAUGCGCGUGCCACCUGAGGGUAUGGAGGCGAGCUGCAAGAUAUUACCGCAAUGAUGCCGGCCUAUCUUCGGUUGCAGCGUCGCCUCACGUCGUUCAGAACCGCUGUAAUCGACCGUUUCUUCCUCAUAAACGGAAGUGUAUUUACGUCCCUCAUGACACCAGAAGGAGCUGUUCGAUUGGAAAGAUCCUCGCACAAUGGAAAAGCUGACCGUUCGAGUAUACAAGAUCAGCCUCGGGGGAUUAUCGAACGUACAUUCGUGUAAAUAUGUCCACGUGAAUCUAGAAUAACAUAACGAAACAAAACGAAACAAGAAAAGAAAAACUGAACGAAAGCUUGACUAAACAAAACUGAACAAAAAAUGAAAGAAACGAACGAAUAAAAGGGCCGAGGAAGAAAAAAAUGAAAAAGAAAAUUAACUAAGUCUCGUCUUAAUCGUUUAGCCGAGUAAAGUGACAAAAAGGAAAGGGAAAUGUUUUUGCUGAUUUUGCACGUUUCGACGGUUGAUUCGAAUAGAUCGCGUUUAUCUUGUCCAUCUUGUAAGUGUACGCUGUUUCAUUCUUGUAUAUAUCGCCCAUUCACAUUACGUAUAAAUAUUAUACAUAUAUACAUACAUAUAUAAAUAUACAUAUAAAUAUAAAGUCGACCAGCCGACAGCCCGAGUUGCCAAAGAAUCAUUAAGGAUAUACUCUUUUUAAUCGAUAAGAAAGAGGAGGACGAUAGAUCAAAUUCGCGAAUGGGUGUGUAAAUAUUUCGUAUAGAUAUAAGUAUGUAUAUAGAUAUAUGCAGACGCGUAUAGACCAGAUAUGUGUGUGUAUAUAUUUAUAAACAUAUACAUAUAUAUAUAUAUAUAUAUAUAUAAAUAUGAAUAUAAAAAUUAUUGUAAUAUCUGUACGUUAGGCCACUUGUGAUGACGUGUGAUUGGAUCAGAUCCAGCUCGCAAUUAUAUCGUACGUAUAUAAGAUAUGAUACCUACGAUUACAACAGCGAUAUUAUUCAUCUACUAUCGCUCGAGUGAGCCUUCACGUCUGCCCUCUCUCAUUUUUUUAUUAUUACGUCCUAAUAUGACAAAUCGAGCGUUUGAUCGCGCCCGCGUUAACGAUUCGAUUUAUUCAUUCGAUAUUUUUAUUUCGAUAUACGUAAAUGCUCCAAACGUCACAAAUAGUCGUACGGUUUUGUUACUGUAGAAAACGAAAAGCAAAAAAAAAACAUACAAAAAAAAAAAGAAAUCAAAAUACAUUAGGUACAUAGAGUAAUUCGAAAUGAUACAAAUUUCAAAACCGUACGAGCGAAACUUUGUUGAUAACUUCUGUAAUUUUACUGACGUAAUCGCAUUGAUCGUCUUUCAUCAUUAUCAUCAUCAUCAUCAUCAUUAUCAUCAUUGCAUCCUUUUUCUCUCUCUCCCGUAAACAAAUGACAUUUUUUAAGCACAACGAUGCAGCGAGGCGAAUGAUGCCGAUGACAAUCGUGAUAUUUUAUUGAGGAUGAACCUUCCAAACGCUGCACAAUUUCGUCCCAUUGUUUAUAUUACAUUAUUAUUAUUGUUUUUUUUCUUCUU